GCUCACUUGAUUGUGAAACACAUCCGCAGACCGCUAGGGCUGAAGUCAUGUGUGAGGUGGUACUUGUGCGUAAAGAGGAAGCGCAUUGCUGACAGAGGCUUGGACACGCGAGGACGCUGCUGGCGGCUGUGAUGAGUGAAGAUGCCUCCGCAAAGAGUGUUCGCGCUGCCCAGACAGCAUUCCCUGCUGCUGCCCGCCGUCAUCAACCCUUUCGUGCACGACCUUAAGUUAACCAAAGCCGAUAAAAUCAGAUGUUUUCUUCAGGGAAUCAUCCUUGUGCCAUUCCGUGGCGUUUUCUUGCUUCUCGUUCUGAUGAUGAUGUGGCCGGUUUCUGUCAUGAUAACAUUUGGACAGUCUCUGAAAGGAGCAGUGGAGCCAAUGACUGGCUGGAGAAGGUUCAUGCACAAAAGAGUGAUGACCUUUCUAGGCCGGCUGUAUUUCUUCGGCAUGGGCUUCAGGGUGGUGGUGAAGGGGAAGCAGGCCAGCAGUGUAGAGGCCCCCAUUCUAGCUGUGGCCCCCCACUCUUCUUUCUUUGAUGCCAUCGUCUGUAUUGAAACCGGUCUACCCUCUACUGUUUCCCGUUCAGAGUCCCUGGAAGCACCAAUUUUUGGAAGGUUUUUGCGUUGUGUGCAGCCAGUGCUUGUUUCACGCAAAGAUCCAGACUCCCGUAGAAACACUAUUUAUGAGAUUGAGCGGAGAGCAACGUCAGGAGGACACUGGCCACAGGUACUGAUUUUUCCUGAAGGAACAUGUACAAACAGAUCAUGUCUCAUUACCUUUAAACAAGGUGCCUUUGUCCCAGGGGUCCCAGUACAGCCUGUUCUGAUCAGAUACCCAAAUAAAUUGGACACAGUUACAUGGACAUGGCAGGGCCCGAAAUCGGCCAGACUACUGCUGCUCACACUCUGUCAGCUCUAUACUGCAGUCGAGGUUGAGUUUUUGCCCCCUCAAAUUCCUACUGAGAUGGAGAAAAAGUGUCCUAUCAAGUUUGCUCAAUCAGUGAGAGCUGUGAUGGCUGAGUCUCUGAACCUGCCGGUCACAGACCACACCUACGAAGACUGUCGUCUGAUGAUUGCGGCCGGAGAACUGACCCUGCCUAUGGAGGCAGGUCUCGUGGAGUUUACCAAGAUCAGCAGGAAAUUGGAAUUAAAAUGGGACAAUGUGAAGAAGGAAUUGGAGAGUUUUGCCAAUAUAGCCUGUUCUUGCAAAGGCAGCAGCAUCACAAUUGAGGAGUUUGCCAGCUUUCUCAAACUGCCUGUCAGCCCAGCUCUGCAGGAGCUCUUCACUCUGUUUGACAGGAAUGGCGAUGGCACCAUUGAUUUCAGAGAGUAUGUCAUUGGUGUCACAGUUCUUUGCCGACCAGCUAAUAAUGAGGAAGUCAUUCAGACUGCUUUUAAGUUGUUUGACAUUGAUGAGGACAACUGUAUCACACAAGAGGAGUUUAGCAGUUUGCUGCGUUCUGCUCUUGGAGUGCGUGAUCUUGACGUUGACAGCCUCUUCAAAGAAAUUGAUGCAGAUGGAUCAGGACACAUAACGUAUGAUGAGUUUCGUUCCUUCGCUCUCACCCACCCGGAGUAUGCCAAGCUCUUCACCACCUACAUCGAGCUACAGCGUUAUCAGGGUCUUCAGGGAGAGGAGCUAGAUUCUGAUGCCAGUUUGAUUCACUGCUGUAAUUCUCUUCAUAAUAACCACCAAGAGGACAGUACCUCUGAUAAGAAAGAUGACUGACUGCACUCAGCCAUAAGGUUCAUGUUCUGCCAUGCCAUUUCAAUACAUGCCUUAAGCUUAAGUGGAGGGAUUUUGUACACGUGCAUAUACCCUGUCAGCAGGUUUCUGUAUACACAACCAAGUAUUUCAUAAAGUAUUUAAAGGUUUUCAAAUCAAUGCAGGCAUACAGGCAUGCUAAAACAUUUUCAUAACACUUUCUGAGCCUACUAGUUAAUGGCUGGUUAAUAGCAGGAAUUGGACGUUAAAAUAAAGUGUGUCCAAACUUUUUACAUUCCUCAGCUUUUAAGCAUGAAGCUUGUUAUUUUUUUAUUCAUUUCAUUUUAUAAAGUCUAAAAUGCAUUAUUUGAUGAUAAGUAAUUUAAUAAUUUCACUGGAGAUUGUGCGCUUGUGUGUCUUUUUUUUUUUUUUUUUUUUUUUUUAUGAAUAUUUUACAAAAGAGAUUCUUAUACAAAUACAAAGUUUCUUUUUUCUUUUCCCUUUUUUCCUUUCUGUUCAGGGAUGUUGGUACAGAAAGUGAGUUGUAAUCAAAGGUUUUGCUUUGCAUCUUGUUUUUAUUUGCAUUCCCAUUGAGGGGAGUUGUUGCUGAGUUAGCGUUCUGUCCCUGCUGCUUGUUCAGACUAAUACUCUGUUGCAUCCACUGAAAAUAGGCCAAUUUGUGAGCAAACAGGCAACACAACACGCCCACAGUAGCACGCACCAAAGGGCUUGGUUCCAAAUUAUCCCUCUGCAGUGGUAUUUAUUUAGCAAUGCAGGUUGCAAUUAGGAUUUUGUUAACACAGCAAAGUUAGCUUUUUUUUUUUGCAAUUAAAAAAAUCCUUUGAAUUUUAA